GAGCGACAAUGGCGGCCAUCUUGGGUGAAUUCUCUAUACCCUGGCGGGCCUCUCGGUGCUCUGGGUCAUGCCUCUCAAGGUGGCCUGCUCAAAGCUCUCUUGAACCGUUCCGCAACACCUUGCGAAGAGAACGAGUGAGACAGCUUUCAGGUAGUCCAGCCCGAUGCUCGGUCCCGAAUCGGACAGUGCUCCAUCAGCUGCCGGACAAGGCGACCAUCCGCACGGGUCCGCUGGGCAGGCUAUCCAAGGUGCUGGCGCCUCGAGAAUCGACGAAAAUCACCACCAGAGUCGGUAGCAGCUUCGGAGGAGAUCACUCUUUGUCAUGGGUGCAACCUCCAAGGAACCUACUUCUCGUCAAAAAGCGCCACGACGAGAAGGCAUUGGCGGCCCUGACCAGCAUUGUUCGACAUGUCAAUGAGCGAUACCCAGAUAUGAACAUCAUUGUAGAGACGGACACGUACGAUCAGCUCUCGCAUACUUUCCCUCAUCUUCUCGCAAUCAGCCACGACGACAAAGACUUGCUCGCUUCCAAGGUCGAUCUUGUGGUGACGCUCGGAGGCGAUGGAACAAUUCUUCAUGUCUCAAGCCUUUUCGACCAGGCCGCAGUCCCACCCGUCUUGAGCUUUUCGAUGGGCACAUUGGGCUUUCUUCUGCCGUACCACAUCGGCUCGUUCGAGACGGCCUUUCGAGACUUGCUCGAAUCCAAAGCAUCGCUCCUUUUGAGGAUGAGGCUUCACCAAACGACUCAUGAACGCGAUGGCACCCUCAUCGCUUCGCCCGACGGUCGAGCCAAUGAUAUGCAUCUCAUGAACGAAGUCGCGCUGCACCGUGGACGUGAACCGCACAUGACCAUCGUCGACGCCUUUGUCGACGGGCGGCACUUGACGCGGGCUAUUUCCGAUGGCCUCAUCAUCGCAACGCCGACGGGCUCGACGGCCUAUUCGCUCUCUGCGGGUGGUCCCAUUGUUCAUCCAUCGGUACAGUCGCUCGUCUUGACGCCAAUUUGCCCCCGAUCGCUCUCCUUUCGCCCGCUCCUGCUCCCAAGUGACUCGACGAUCCAGCUCAAGGUCUCCAGCACGUCGCGAUCUCACGCUGAAGUGACCGUCGACGGGCGUCAGGUCCGACUCCUGACACCGGGCCAAUUCACGCAGGUGGCCAUGUCGCCCUACCCGAUCCCUUGCGUCAAUCGAGCCUCGACCAUGCAACGAGAGUCUGCCAGCGGCGAGACGGCCGGGCCGCAGCUGCUCGACAAAGGGGCGCAGUGUGAGGGGCUGGUGCUCAAGCAAAACGAAAACGGGCGCGGCGAGGAUGGGUGGGUGGGCGACAUCAAUACCCUCCUCCGCUUCAAUGCCAGCUUUGAGGGAAGGGGCUUGCUCGGCGGCAAUGGCAGCUACGAGGAGUGACAAAUCGACGGCAAAGUAUACAAUUGAUUGUGUUUCCUACUCCUCAACUACACUCCUUCCUUUUGGUGUUCCAUUGCAGUAUUGCGGUAGAUGUACGAAAUAGACAGGUGUGUACUUUUUGUGAAAUAAGAGCG